GAAAUGUAACAAGGAUUUCGAUAAAAAAGUGGAGAGGGAGAGGAAAAGGGAGGAAAAACAAAUGUAGAAUUUGAAUCUGCCCUCCUUUCUCCCCGCUUUUGAUCUGUGAAAAGUGCUUUUGAUCUGCGACUUCUUUGCUUUGGGAAGAAGAGAGGGGUUCGAAGAGACAUCCCAGAAUAUUCUCCCGAGCUUUUCCUUAAUGGCUCCUUUUCCUUCCUCUUUAGACUCAACUUCAUCUCGGGUUUCAUUCUGAGGCAGAUCCUAGCUAAACCAUGGUGGGGGCCGCCCUGUUUGACUUAGAAGAAAUGUCCCUUAAGUUCUGGGAGUUGAUGUGCAGGGGAGAGCCUCAGCCCAAGGUAUCACCUGUAGGAGACUCAUUAGCUUGACCUAAAACUUGUUCAGAUGACCCAUCGCAAGGCCAAAAGUUGGAAGAGAACGUUUUUUUGUGAUGCUGGCUGCUACGGAGAGGAAGAACCAACUCAGCCUUGAGCCAAAAAUUCACCUCACCCAAAACAAAAAUGAACGAUAAGCUGCAAGAGGGACUCGACAAGGAAGAACCGAUGGAGGAAUUGGGACUAGGCCCAAAAACGUAUCCCAAUUCCAACCACUUGGAUACACAGAUUAAGAUUGAGCCAGGGGAAGAGAUACCCCAAAUUCCUGUACUGCAGUGGCAGGGAUCCCCAAAAAGGAAACAGGUCCUUUUAUCCAACCGGAGCAAACCACAGCUGUCAGAGCCCCCCGCACUGCAGGAGGACCUCAAAGCUUUUUGGGAUGAUUUGAAGGGGGUGAAAGAGGCUCGUUGGGGAGGAAGCAGACGGCCACCUGGCCCCAGAGAAGCCAAGAAGGCCAAUGGCAACCCCAGCGCCCAGGAGACUGAUGGGAAAAGGAAGGCGGCCAUCUUGAGGGGGAAAGCCAGCUGCCAGGAGUGGCCGCGUCAACGUUUUCGGCAAUUUUGCUACAAGGAAGCUGAGGGCCCCCGCGAGGCUUGCAUCCAACUUCGAGACUUCUGCCAUCGCUGGCUGAAGCCGGAGAGGCACACCAAGGAGCAGAUCUUGGAGUUGGUGAUUCUGGAGCAGUUCCUGGCCAUCCUGCCCCAAGGGAUGCAGCGCUGGGUCCAAGAGAGCGGGGCAGAGACUUGUGCCCAAGCGGUGCGCCUGGCCGAGGAGUUCCUCCAAAGGGAUGACCCGAAUUCUGAAGACGAGGUGUCGAGUCCAUUUAAAGACACAUCUCGCAAUGUCCCCAAGGCCAGACCCGUCCUCUUUGAUUCGCAGCAGAGACAACUUAGCAAAAAUCAGCAAGAUCACAGCGUGGAAGGCAGGCAUUACUGUGGAGACGGUGAGGAAUCUGGUGAGCGAGAGAUCUCUCCUGCGGGAACUGAAAAGCAUGCAGAGGCUGUCCAGACACUGCCUGGAAGAGGGAGAAGCAUUUCCUGGAAGAACGGAAAGCGUAAGAGCAGCCCACUUCAAAAAGCCAAGAUCUCUGUUUCACGAGAGGACGGACCCACAACUCACAUGCAACCAAGGUCCGCCUUGGAAAAUCUGGAGCCCUGCAGGAGGGAGGAGAGUAAGCUGGGCCGCCGUCCAGGUGUCUUAAUAGACACCAAAUGUUGUAAGUCCUUAGACUCUGUGGCCACCCCCAGCCAGAGGGGGCUCUUCCCUAACCUUCAACGUAUCCUCAAGGGCGAGCAAUCCUCCAGCUGUCUGAGCUAUGGGAAAAAUUCCCAUCACGGUUUAAGCCCAGCCGAACAUAGGGGCGAGCCUUCAGGAUGUUCGGAUUGCAGGAAGGACUUGGUUCUUACGAAGCGGGGAAGUUUGGAUCGAGGAGAGGAGCUUUACAGGUGUUUAACCUGUGGGGAAAACGUUACUCUCUACUCCGGCCUGAUGAAACAGGAGAGGAUCCACUCUGGGGAGGAAUUGUGUCCUUCCAUGAGCAGCGGGCAAAGAUAUCCUCCAAGGGGAGGCCUUUCCACCUUGGAAGAGCAGGUUUCAGCGGGGGAGAAGCCCUAUCAGUGCCCCACUUGUGGGAAGAGCUUCCAUAAAAGCUCAGCUUUUCGGUUCCACAAGCGAAUCCAUACUGGGGAGAGACCUUACACCUGCGGCGACUGUGGGAAAAGCUUCAGCCAAAGGUCCAAUCUGAUCUUGCACGAGAAAACGCACACAGGAGUCAAACCCUUCCGGUGUUCAGACUGUGGGAAGGCCUUCCUUCGGAGCUCCGACCUCGUGAGGCACGAGAUCACCCACACCGGAGAGAAACCCUACACCUGCCCGGAGUGCGGCCGCUCCUUCAGCCACCACUCGACUCUGAUUGCUCAUGAGAGGACCCACACCGGGGAGAAGCCCUACAAGUGUUCAGUCUGCGGGCGGAGCUUCCGGCACCACUCAGGCCUUAUCAAGCACGAGAGGACCCACACCGGAGAGCGGCCCUACACGUGUCUGGCCUGCGGAAAGAGUUUCAGCCAGAGCUCCGGGCUUACACUUCACUCGAGAACUCACACCGGCGAGAAGCCCUACCAGUGCUCGGUUUGUGGAAAGAGCUACACGCAGAAGUCGAAAUUGACGAAACACGAGAAGACUCAUUUGGUGGAGAUGGCCACUUCCUGUUCCUUCACCCUUACGUUCCCCCUCCUCGCCACUUCCUCUUCUCUCGUUCCCCCCCACAUCCCCGCCCCCCCCUCCCCCGCCGGCGCCCUUCCCAUCGCUCCGGCGGAGGCUGGCCCGCCUGGCGGCACUUGCGAUCGCCGCGGCUUUUCGGCGAAGCGGCUUCCGCGACGCACCUUGCAGCGAGUGGCUGGCGGACCAAUGGACGGCCACAAGGAAACGGUUGGCAUGACGACUCCUGGAUUCCUUGAGCCGUGUGUUUCCUUCCUGGAAACGGACCCCGACAUUUCGGGUUUCCACAAAGUGGAAGGGAUCUGUGAGAUCCAGCACAGAGCGGUGGGUCUGUCAAGCAUGAUCCCUGUGCUGGAAGACGGCCAAUCCGUCGAAGGGACGUCUUACAUAUGCUCGGAUUGCGGGAAGAGUUUCUGCAGCAUCUCCAGCCUGAUCAGCCAUCAAAAGCGAAACCACUCGGGGGAGAAGCCCUACAAGUGCGCGGACUGCGGGAGGAGCUUCCACCAGAGCUCGGAUCUCGUGAAACACGAGAGGAUCCACACGGGAGAGAAGCCGUACAAGUGCACCGUGUGCGAGAAGCGCUUCAACCAGCGCUCCUACCUGAUCGUCCACCAACGCUUCCACACGGCGGAGAAGCCGUACAAGUGCUUCCUCUGCGGGAAGAGCUUCUGCUCCAACGCCCACCUCAUGACCCAUCAGAGGACCCACACGGGGGAACGGCCCUAUCAGUGUCCCGUGUGCGGGAAGCGUUUCACAACCAGCUCCAACUUUGUCAACCACAAAAAGACCCACACGGAAGAGAAGCCGUACAACUGCUCCCUCUGCGAGAAGAGCUUCAAGCGGAGCUCGUACCUGAUCCAGCACGAGAGGACCCACACGGGUGAGAAGCCGUACACCUGCCUCACCUGCGGGGAGAGCUUCGCUUCCAAUUCAGGCCUUGUGAAACACCAGCGGAGCCACACGGGGGAGAGACCUUACAAGUGCUCGUACUGCGGGAAGUGCUUCAGCCAGAGCAUGAUCCUCACGCAGCACGAGAGGACGCACACGGGCGAGAAACCUUGCAAAUGCCCGGCCUGCGGGAAAAGCUUUCGCUCCAGCUCGGAUCUUGUGAAGCACAAAAGGAUCCACACCGGGGAGAAACCCUACAAAUGUUCCCUGUGCGGGAAAAGCUUCACCACCAGUUCGGAUGUGGUGAAGCACGAGCGGACCCACACGGGGGAGAAGCCCUACAAAUGCGGCACUUGUGGGAAAAGCUUCAGCCAGAGCUCACACCUCAUGCAGCACCAGAGAAUCCACACGGGGGAGAAACCCUACUCCUGUCUGGUUUGUGGCAGGUGUUUUACCUGCAGCGCGCACUUAGUGGUCCACAAACGGACCCACAAAGACGGGGAGGUGUUAAAAGUAUAACCGUUGGUGUUGGCGGAUUAUGGGUUGUAUUUACUAGCAGGCCUUCUGUGUGUGUGUGCGUGAGAGAGGGAGAGGGAGAGAGAGAGAAAGAGAGAAAGUGAGGGAGAGAGAAAGAGA